AUGGCGCUUAAUCUGCUAAUUUUCCUAAUCUUCAUCCUCAUUUCUUCCAUUUUUCUUCCAUCAACAGCUCUCAUAAUCCCCAAACUUCACAAUCCUUUGGCGCCAACCCCUUACGGUUUCACAACCCCUCCAAAUUCAUCUUUUCCCACUUUCCCCGCCGCUCCCCCGCCCUCGAAUUCACUAGUCCCCGCCCUUUUCGUCAUCGGCGACUCUACCGUCGACUGCGGUACCAACAAUUUCCUCGGAACCUUCGCCCGCGCCGAUCACCUUCCUUAUGGUCGAGAUUUCGACACGCACAGACCUACUGGAAGGUUCUGUAAUGGAAGAAUUCCCGUCGAUUUUCUUGCCCAGCGUCUUGGACUUCCGUUUGUUCCGAGUUAUCUUGGUCAUGCUGGAGCAGUGGAAGAUAUGAUUCAAGGAGUGAAUUACGCAUCAGCUAGUGCUGGAGUUAUCUUCACCAGUGGAUCUGAAUUGGGCCAACACAUUUCCUUCACACGGCAAAUUCAGCAAUUUAUGGACACUUUUCAGCAGUUUGUUCUAACCAUGGGCGAGAAUGCUGCUGCUGAUCACAUUUCCGAUUCAGUCUUUUACAUAUCAAUUGGAAUCAACGAUUACAUCCAUUACUAUCUGUUUAAUAUAUCGCGUGUGCAAAAUCUCUACCCUCCAUGGAAUUUUAACCAAUUUCUGGCAACCACAAUCAAACAGGAAAUCAAGAACUUGUAUAACAUGAAUGCUAGGAGAAUUGUUGUAAUGGGAUUGGCACCUAUUGGAUGUGCUCCAUUUUACCUAUGGCAAUACGGCAGUGAGAAUGGAGAGUGUAUUGAGGAGAUAAAUGAUAUGGUCAUGGAGUUCAACUUCGCCAUGAGAUACAUAGUUGAGGAGCUGGGCAUGGAGCUGCCCGAUUUAAGUAUUAUCUUCUGUGAUUUGCUGCAAGGUUCAAUGGAUAUUUUGAAGAACCAUGAACGUUAUGGUUUCAAUGUAACUUCUGAUGCUUGUUGUGGGUUUGGUCGCUACAAUGGUUGGAUCUUGUGCAUCUCACCACUUAUGGCUUGCAAAAAUGCUUCUAAUCAUAUCUGGUGGGAUCAAUUCCAUCCAACAGAUGCAGUGAAUGCCAUUCUUGCAGACAACGUGUGGAAUGGCCUCCACACAACAAUGUGCUAUCCUAAGAAUUUGCAGGACGUGAUAAACUCCCAAGGCUGAGUGGCACUUUGGCCAGACGUGUUCAUUCACAAAGCUGCACCAACACAUUCAACGUAAUACCCGGUACCAUUCAUAUUGCCUUCGUCUAGUAAUGAUAGGAAACAUUGACAUAUAAAAUAGACUAAUAGAAUUCCCAAUGCUAUAUACUUGCUUGCUCCUUUUUGUUCCUUUUUUUGUAUGCCCUUGUUUUCCUUCAUCUUUUUAACGAAUGAUAGUUCGAUUUCUAGUCAAUUUCCUUUCUUUAGCGUUGAUUGACCUUGGUGAGGAACCAUAGUUAUACGUCAGUCACGAUGAAGUAACUAAAUGGGAUAAAUGGUUGAUGUGAUCA